AUGUUGAAGCAGCUCUCAGUCAUUGAGAACAUCGUCUUUAGAAAACUCGUCGGCUGCCAAACAAUCGUUGACGCGAACCUAUCACUGCAAGAAGCAAUGAAGAUCGGCUUUAUUGGUGGCGGUCGCUUGGCCUUUGCCCUCGCAAACGGUUUUAUAUCAGCUGGAUUAGCGAAGCCCGAUGAGAUCACAGCAAGUGUCCACCCAUCAGAUUUAGCAAGUGCAGAAGCGUUUAAGGGAUUAGGAGCAACAGCCAUCUUUGAAAAUAAACCAGUUGUGGAGAAGUCUGAAGUUGUCAUAGUAUCAGUGAAGCCAGAUGUCGUUGGUCCAGUGCUGCGCGAAGUAAAGGAUCUUCAAGCUUCAAAAAACAAGUUGUUUAUUUCAGUCGCAAUGGGUGUUUCUACGUCUAGUAUAGAGAAGGCCCUACCUCCUGAAGCAAGAGUGAUAAGAGUCAUGCCAAAUACCCCAGCGCUAGUGAAACAGGGAGCGGCUGCCUUCAGCAGAGGUUCGCGGGCUACAGCUGAUGAUGCAAAGUUGACUACUGAACUUUUCAAAGCAGUUGGUACUUGCGAUGAAGUUCCAGAGUAUCAAAUGAAUGCUGUAACUGCACUUAGUGGCAGUGGACCUGCUUAUGUGUAUAUGCUAAUAGAAUCUCUUGCCGAUGGCGGUGUGAGAUGUGGGUUACCAAGAGAUUUGGCACUCCGGUUAGCCACACAAACAACUCUUGGAGCUGCGUCGAUGCUUAAAAACGGCGGCCAUCCGGCUGCUAUGAAGGAUAAUGUCACGUCACCAGCUGGUUCAACAGCGGAAGGGACUUACCAUUUGGAACAAAAUGGUUUUCGAUCAGCCAUCAUUGGUGCAGUGAUGGCAGCAGCUAAUAGGUGUAAAGUGGUAAAUGAAACCCUGAACAAGUAG